AUGGAGUCAAUCAAUGUGAUAAUCGAUGAUAAAGAAAUUAAGGCAUCUAGCAAGGGGGAGGAAAUUCAGCCCAUUCCUACAGAGCUGCCUAUUCCUUCAGCUAACAUGAUCAAGCCUUCUACUUCACCUCAAGAAACCCUAGGUAUGUCUCUAGCUGCUGAAUCUCUUCCUAUUCAUACAACUUCUAAUACUACUGUCAGUGCUUCUGAAGAUGAGGAUAUUCCCACAAAUCCUCCUAAGCGGUCAUGGGCAAAUCCUAAAGAAUCUCGCCUCACUGCAAUCAAGUGUAUCAUCAGGGAAACAAAUCUUGUUGUUGCAGGUUACUCUGAUGCAGACUGUGCUGGCAAUGCUGAUGAUAGAAAGAGCACCUCAGGAGGAAGCUUCUAUGUGGGAAAUAAUCUUGUGGCUUGGAUGAGGAGGAAACAAUCUUCGAUUUCCCUCUCCACUCCUGAGGCUGAGUAUAUUGCUGCGGGAAGCUAUUGUACCCAAUUGCUGUGUAGUAUCUCUGUCUUUCAUUCCCAUUGA